AUGGUGCCGUCCUCGUGGGCCCAGUUCCAAUGGGGCAAAGGCGACGGAAGACCCAGCCAGCGGCGUGCACACGCCCGCGGGCCCGCGGAAGCCGCGCAGCCUCCGACCGGAAGAGGCGGGGCGAGUGCGUCCCUCGAAAACGUCCCCGGAAGCCAGGCCUCGUCUUUGACGCCCGUCUUGGAACUUCAGUCCCCGGAAACCGGACCUCAGCGUUGGCGCCCGGCCACCAGUGUUCGAGCUCUGGCCACCCCACCUCGUGCAGCAGGAAUCCUGCUGUUCUUCCACACAAUGCGGUAUAAACAGACGGAGCCAGGACACCCGGACAACGACCAUUCAUCUUCUCUAAGGACCAUGCUGCCUCUAUUCUGUCCCUUGCUCUGGCAGUCUGGUGGCAUCUGAGAAUGAGACCUACUGAGCUGGCGGAAAAUUGACUGUCACCUGGAUGGGGCACCCCACCCUUAAAAGUUUGCUGAUGUAGCAACAAUGGCAUAUACUGCCAAGUACUUUGACAAGGCCUGCUGUGAGGUGUGCUGCCUCAUGGGGCACGGCAAAUCUUCAGAAGGCUCCAUGUGGGAGGCUUGGUCCUUCACUUCCCCCUACAGUUUGGACAAUCUCGUAGCCGUCGUUGACGUGAACCGCUUGGGACAAAGUGGUGUUGCGCCAUUUGAGCAGUGCACUGACAUCUCUCAGCAGCGUUGUGAAGCUUUUGGGUGGAAUCCCUCCAUAGUGGAUGGCCGUCAUGGGGAGGGGUUGUGCUAGGCCUUUUGGCAAGCACCUCAAAUGAGUAAGCCCACUGCAAUUAUGGCCAAGGACGUCAAAAGUCAGGGUAUUCCAAAUAUUGAGAAUACAGAAAAUUGGCAUGGAAAGCUAACUCCAAAAGAGAGAGCAGAUGCAAGUGUCAAUUUAAUGGAGAGCCAGAUACAGACCAGCCAGAGACUCCUACCGAAACCCCUCAUUGGAGACUCCCCAUAUAACAUCUCAGACAUAAAAAUGACUUCUCUACCUACUUACCAAGUUGGCAACAAGAUAGCUACUCUGAAAGCCUGUGGUUUGGCUCUGGCUUAACUGGUCCACGCAAAGAGAGUCAUUGUCCUGGAUAGUGACACGAAGAACUCCACUUUAUCAGAGUUUUUCAAGAACGAACACCCUGGGAGGUUUGUUGAAUGCUUUGUUGCUGAGCGAAACGUGGUUGCUUUGGGCAGUGCUACCCGUGGUGGAACCAUUGCUUUUGCUAAUUCCUUCGCUGCCUUUUUGACCCGAGGGUUUGAUCAGAUCCCCAUGGGAGCGAUCUCAAAAACCAUUACUGGUUCCCACUGCGGGGUAACUGUUUCAUGUGUAGCUGUCUCUCGGGACCCCGACAUCCUUGUUCAUCAGCGAGCAGUGUCAGGAAUGCCUCAAAGUGGGAAAAUUAGUGAACCGUUGGAUAUGUGUGGAAUCAGUGCCAAACACAUCAUCCUGGCUAUGAAAUAUACUCCAAUGAACUAA